GCCCCCCAUGCAAUACGUUGCGUUCGGCGUAAACCUCGCGAUAUUUCACCCCUUUCCUGUUUCCUCCUCCUCUGUCUCGCGGGAGGAGGAGCUUGCAGCGGCCGAGCCGAGGCCGAGCGGCCUGGGAGGUGCAGGAGCGGCCUGGUAGCUAGGCGGCCGUGGUCGUGGAACCUGGCGGGGACCUUGCAACAGAGAGAGUUGCUAUUGGGAGAGGGGACCCCACAUUAAUAGUGGAAUCAGUGAUGCUUGCAGUUUGUAUCAAUUCAAGGUGAAAUGUGGUUGAGUGCUGCAUGUAUGCUUUUCAGAGCAAUAGUGUGAGGAAGCUUGCAGUGGGAUGGCAGGACGGCCUCAUCCUUAUGACAGUAACUCCAGUGAUCCAGAGAAUUGGGAUCGGAAAUUGCAUAAUAGACCCCGUAAGCUUUGUAAACAUUCAAGUACACCAUCUUGUGUUGCUAAAGGAGUAGACAAUACCAGAAUGAGCCUUCAUGGUGCUAGUGGUGGACAUGAGAGAUCACGAGACAGACGCAGGUCAAGUGACAGAUCACGAGACUCAUCCCAUGAAAGAUCAGAAUCUCAGCUCACUCCAUGUAUCAGGAAUGUAACUUCACCAACAAGACAACACCAUGGUGAUCGAGAAAAGGAUCACAGUUCAUCUCGGCCAAGCAGUCCUCGUCCUCAGAAAACUUCCCCAAAUGGUUCCAAUAGUAGUGUUGGGAACAGCAGUAGAAACAGUAGCCAGUCAAGUUCAGAUGGGAGUUGCAAGACUGCUGGGGAAAUGGUAUUUGUGUAUGAGAAUGCAAAAGAAGGAGCCCGGAGUGUAAGAACCUCUGAACGGGUUACUCUUAUAGUGGACAACACUAGAUUUGUUGUAGAUCCUUCGAUUUUUACUGCACAGCCUAAUACAAUGUUGGGCAGGAUGUUUGGAUCAGGCAGAGAACAUAACUUCACCCGUCCCAAUGAAAAGGGAGAAUAUGAAGUAGCUGAAGGAAUUGGCUCAACUGUGUUUCGUGCUAUUCUGGAUUACUAUAAGACUGGGAUAAUACGUUGUCCUGACGGAAUAUCUAUUCCUGAACUAAGAGAAGCGUGUGACUAUCUUUGCAUCUCCUUUGAAUAUAGCACUAUCAAAUGUAGAGAUCUCAGUGCUCUUAUGCAUGAAUUAUCAAAUGAUGGUGCUCGUAGACAGUUUGAAUUUUACCUUGAAGAAAUGAUUCUUCCACUGAUGGUAGCUAGUGCCCAAAGUGGCGAGAGAGAGUGCCACAUUGUCGUGCUUACGGAUGAUGAUGUGGUUGAUUGGGAUGAAGAGUAUCCUCCACAGAUGGGAGAGGAAUAUUCACAAAUUAUUUACAGCACAAAGUUGUAUAGAUUCUUCAAGUAUAUUGAAAACAGAGAUGUGGCCAAAUCGGUUCUGAAGGAAAGGGGGCUCAAGAAGAUUCGGUUGGGUAUUGAAGGUUACCCCACAUACAAAGAAAAAGUGAAGAAACGGCCAGGUGGGAGGCCAGAGGUGAUUUACAACUAUGUCCAAAGACCAUUCAUUCGGAUGUCAUGGGAAAAAGAAGAAGGAAAGAGUCGGCAUGUUGACUUUCAGUGUGUAAAAAGUAAAUCUAUUACAAACCUAGCAGCAGCUGCAGCAGAUAUCCCCCAGGACCAGCUAGUGGUAAUGCACCCCACACCACAAGUGGAUGAGCUGGAUAUUCUACCUAUUCAUCCUCCACCCAGCAACAAUGAUGUGGACCCGGAGGGACAAAACCCAGCGCUCUGAUUCAGAUUCUUAUUCAAACAAAAGCAUGCUACUUUAAAAAGUGACUCUCUCUCAUACUGCACUGCAAUUCCAGCUUUUCUUCAUUGUGUAACACAGUGUUUAGGAUAUUGCAGAAUGGGCUCUCUUGGAGACCAAAGGAGUAUCUAAUCAUGGUUUUUAAAGAGUACAACUAAAACAUCCUGAGGUUCCAGUUACGUACAUGUAUUUGUUUGAGUAGGUUUGCGAUAUUGGUUAUUUGUAUGUUGGACUGUCCUUCUAGGCCCAUCAAAAACAAUGGGAUCUGCUGGCUACUGUAAAUUCAGUAUUGUUACAUGGAAGGCAAAAUGCAGAAUCAGAAUUGAUAGUAGCACUUUAUGAAUGGCUGCUUGAUAAAUGGAUUCUCAAAGCCAUUUUUUCUAAAUGUGUUGCACAAUGCUAACUUUAACAAAGUGCUUCUAUCAAAGUCUUUCUACUCAUUUAAAUGUAAAUAGUUUGCUCUAAAUAGGUGGACUCUUAAAUGUAUUGUAUAUGAUUGAGCACAAAAUGAUUACCACUGGGGUUUUUGGAUUGAGGACAUUAUUCAAUUACCCAUUUAACAUCCUGCCCAACUCAAAUUUCUCCAGUGAAUUUUUUCACUUGUUUGUAAUGUGAGCCAUGUUGAAGGAUUGUGAACAAUUGUUAGGGGGAUUUCUCUUAAAUUUUGCCUUAUCUGAAUUUGUUGAUGGAAAUAUUUAUUUACUAAAAGUUUGUAGUAAGUCUCAUGGAAUAGAAAAAAUGCAGAUGGUUCACUUUUCAUUUAUUAAAUGAUUGUAAAUUCAAGUUUUUUCAUUCAAAUAAAAUUUCCAUUAUUUUAA